AUGGAAAUGUUUCAGCAACUGAUUGUGAAUGUUUCUUUGGAAGAGGCACUAGAACAAAUGUCAGGAUAUGCUAAAUUUGUAAAGGAUCCUGUGAUGAAGAAAAGAGCAGUGAGUUAUAAACUGAUGGAUAAUCUUCAUUAUUGUAGUGCUAUUUCUACAAGGUCCUUGGUACAGAAGAAAGAAGAUCCAGGGCCAUUCAAUAUUUCUUGUACGAUUAGAUCUCUAGAAAUUGCUAAGGCCUUAUGUGAUCUGGGAGUGAGCAUCAAUCUGAUGUCAUUGGCUAUUUAUAAAAAUUUGGGUUUAGGAGAUCCCACACCCACUAAUAUGCGACUUAUGAUGGCAGAUAAAUUGGUGGCUAGCUUCAUAUUUCCUAUGUAUUUUGUCAUUCUGGAUUAUGAGGUGGAUUUCAAAGUGCCCAUAAUCUUGGGUCGACCUUUCUUUGCAACUGAAAGUGUGUUGAUUGACUUGCAAGCUAAUGAGUUCUUAUUCAGGAUGAAUGAUGAAGUGGUACUCUUUUAUGUGUGCCAAUCAAUGAAGAAGGAUAAGGAAAUGAGUGUGUUUUCAAUUGUUGAUGUAUAUUAUGAGGAUGAGCAGGAAGUGCCAAUAGAGGAGAAGUUUGAUGUCGAGCCUUUAGCUACAGUGCUUAUAAAUUUUGAUCGUGAAGGCAUUGCAGAGUAUGAAGAGACUGUUUGUGCUCUGAUAGGAAUGGGUUCAUACUAUUAUACUCUUAAACAUUUAGAUCUUGAUCUUUUUAAUCAACUAACACCAUCGGCUAAGCCAUCUGUUGAAGAGCCACCAGAGUUGGAAUUAAAAAAACUACUAGGGCAUCUGCAGUACGUGUUUCUGGGCAAUAGAAACACUCUACCUAUUAUUAUUAUAGCUGAUUUGGGAGAGAAAUAG